CAUUAUAUUUCUUAAUUUUAUGUGUUUUACGUCAAUUUUGAAUUAUGUUUAUCAUGAAUUAGGUCACAAAAAGUUUAAAUUCUGGUGUUAUUUACCCAAUUUGGAAUUUUCUUCUCCGGCCAAAAAAUUCAGUUCAAUUUGCAUUAGAUUUCUUCGUUGUUCUUUUUUUUUUUUUUUUUUCCCAAUUUUCAGCUACUAAUUCAUUGAAUAUUAAGGAUAAUUCGGUGGAGAAUUUUAAUUUUCGUGAUGGGUUUGCUUAAUUUCCCUUUAAAUUAAAACCCUUCAAGUAACAGGAAAAAGAAAUGGAUUUUUUCAAUUAUAAAAUAGAUUUUACUGAUGCAUUGUUUACUCAGUCAUAGCAUGUUGGUUGAUUUUGAUGUUUUAACUUGGUUUAGCAGGAAGAGCUAAGUUUGUGAUAAGACUACUGCUAAUUGAGCUUGGCUUGUUUAGUUUUCGUUGUAGUGAUGGCGAAAUUGCUGCACGUGGAUUCCAGAUGUGCAGCUAGCAUGUGUUUGUUGGAGCAGCCAGAUUCAUCUACACGCAAGUGGUACUUCAGCAGAGAAGAAAUUGAGAAUUGUUCUCCAUCUAGGAAGGAUGGAAUCGACCUUGGAAGAGAGGAGCAGUUGCGGAAGUUGUAUUGUUCAUUUAUUGAAGAGCUUGGGAUGAAGCUUAAAGUGCCUCAGGUGGCAAUAGCAUGUGCAAUGAUGCUGUGCCACCGGUUUUACAUGCGCCAAUCUCACACUAGGAAUGAUUGGCAGACUAUUGCAACUGUAAGCACAUUUCUCGCAUGCAAAAUAGAGGAAACACCACGCUUGCUGCGGGAUGUUAUUGUCGUGGGCUAUGAAAUUAUCUAUAAAUGGGAUUCUUCUGCUCCAGGAAGAAUCAGACAGAGAGAAGUUUAUGAUAAGCAGAAGGAAUUGAUCUUGAUUGGGGAGAGGCUUUUGUUGGCAGCAAUUGCUUUUGAUCUUGAUAUCCAACUCCCUUACAAGCCCCUUGUUGCAGCUGUUAAGAGAUUGGAAAUUUUUCCUAACCUCUUAAAAGUGGCGUGGAAUUUCGUGAAUGAUUGGCUUCGUACAACCUUGUGCUUGCAAUACAAACCCCAUUAUAUUGCUGCUGGUUCCAUGUAUCUUGCUGCUAAAUUUCAAAAAGUAAAGCUGCCAAUGGAGAAGGGAAAAGUAUGGUGGUUGGAAUUUGAUAUUUCACCUAAUCAAUUACAAGAGGUCACUCAGCUGAUGGUCAGGUUGUUAGAGCAAGACAAAAAACGAGGUUUAUCAUCAAGACAUGAGAGGGCCAAUCAAUCUGUUGCUUUAGCUGGCAAGGCAAUGAUCAGUGGCACGCAAUCAUGCACUUUGAAUGCACCAGUGGCCAAGGGUCAGUCUGGUGCUGGAGCUGAGAAUAGCAAACUUAGCAAAUCUACGGACAGUUUUGCCAGCCAAGUUAGUAUGAAAGAAGUUUUCCCAUAUCAGACAAGUAAUAGUGGUGCAAGUAGUGUUGUUGAGGAUGGCAAUGAUAAGGGUAAGCCAAGAACAGAGGUGUCUGACCAGAACCCAAGUUUUGAGCUUGUUUCAUCUCUGGCCUGUGGCAACAAACAAGACGGUGCAAAAGAAAGUUUACCAUGUCAAACCAGUGAUAGUGGUGCGAGUACUGUUGUUGACAAUGGUGAAGGCGAGUGUGAGUUAAGAAUAGAGCAGUCUGAUCUGAACCCAAGCGUUAAGAUUGUAUCUGUUCAUAAUACCUUUAGUAAGAGUGAUGCUGACCGGAUUAGAGAGACCUUGAAGAGGAGGAGAUGUGAUAGAGCUGCAAAUUUGAAGUACGUGGAAGGCAGAGAUGACGAGGUAGAUAGUGAAGCCUGGAUAGAGAGAGAGCUGGAGAUUGGAAUAGAGCUGGAAUCUGCCUCUUACCUGAAGCGAAGGAGGGCGUUCUGAGGUUUUGAACUUGAGAGAAUAGUGCCUAGAUACUCAGUAACCAGACAUCUUUUUACCUCGUGCAUCAAAGUGACCUUCCAUUGGCACAUUUAUGGCAUUACAAGAAAGACUAUAUGAAUCUUGUUGACUAUAUUAUUUCCACGUUGUGGUAUACAGUAGAAUUAUUCUCUGAUUUUUGCAGUAGGUUGUAUUUAUAUGUUAGAUCAUUGAUGCAAGGAUUGAAACCAUUCUUUUGGGUUGAAUUUGUAAAUAUACAGUUGACCUACAAAUUAUUAAGAAAAAAGAUAAAGAUUCAUUGUUGAUCACUCUUAGUGACUGUUGAAUGGAAGGAAAAGAAAUGGCUCCAUUCCUAGAAAAUCCAGCAUCAGCAUCUUCUCGUGUUGAUUCAUUUUAGUAUAUAGAAACUUCUCAAUUCUCAUGCUUUGGUCUAACGCUUGAGCACUUUGGAAUAGAUUAAGAGCGCAGAAGGAUGGUCCAGAACUAAACUCUUUUAUCUUCCCCGGAAGGUAAGCCCAGAUGCUUUACCUCUUUCAUGUAAUUUGCUUUUAAUCACUUGAGUAAGUGUAUCAAACCCUGAAAUCUCUCUUUGGCUC